AUGGAUAACUCAAAGAGUGAACCAAUAAGACUAUCUGUUGAAGAACAUAAAGAGAAAGGAAAUGAUUGUGUUAAAAAUGGAAAAUAUAUUGAAGCCGUAUUACAUUACACUCAAGCUAUUAAAAUGGACCCAAAUAACUAUAUACUUUACAGUAACCGAUCAUUUGCAUUUUUAAAGUUGGAUCAACAUUUUUUAUCCUUACAAGAUGCUAAUGAAACUAUAAAAUUACAGCCGCAAUGGGCAAAGGGCUACUUUCGCCGUGCUGAAGUUGAAGCUGCAAGUGGUUUAUAUGAUGAAGCCAUUAUAUCAUAUACAAGAGCAUUACAACUUGAACCACAUAAUUCAAAGUUAAUGCAGUUCAUAAAAGAUGUUACAGAUAUGCAAAAAAAGAAAUUACAGAGAAGUGAAAAUGUUGUAUGGAUAUGUACUAUUGUGGGGCUUAUUUUAGGAAUAAUUGUUGUUAUAUUAGAUUACACAUUGACUAGCAACCCUACUCUUGUUAAUCCUUUAAAUAUGGUAGCCUUUUCAAUUGCCCUUUCGGGAGUGGGGUUUGCAAUUGGAAAGACUGCAACCCUUAUGACUGCUUGGAACGCAGGAAAAUCUUUACAACCCCCACCAGAUUUAGAAUCAAAUGAACAGAAUAAUGAUAAGGACAAUGUGAUACCAGACAAGAAGACCAAGUACAGCAAAGCUCAAGCUAGGCAUCGAUAUAAACAGGGCAAACAUUUGUAA